AUGGUGUGCACUUUCAUUGAAUAUUUCAUUAGGAAUUUUCGGCGCUUUCAUUGCUUUUUUCAUAAUCAAUCCAGUGUAAUUUCAAUAAAUAUUUCAUUGACUAUGUCAGGUGUAUUCAUUGCCUCUAUCAUAUUUAAUGGUGUGUGCUUUCAUUGA